CUGACGUCGCCUUGCCCAUGUGGACUUUCUCACAGACUUCCGCCUAAACAUGGCAGCUUCCAUGGCAGCACAGGCUGGCACAGUGCUUAGGAGUUUUACCGCAAAGACCUCUCUUCUCAGCAGAAUACAGGGUGUCCAAGUGACCUCGAGAAGAUGGCUGAAUCUGCAGGAAUACCAAAGCAAGAAACUAAUGGCUGACAACGGGGUUACAGUUCAGAGGUUCUUUGUCGCAGACAAUGCCGGUGAUGCACUGGAAGCUGCAAAAAAGCUAAAAGCUCGAGAAAUUGUCCUAAAGGCCCAAAUCUUAGCUGGAGGAAGAGGAAAAGGUGUAUUUGACAGUGGGUUGAAAGGUGGAGUCCACCUCACAACUGACCCGAACAAGGUAGAAACCCUGACAAAACAAAUGAUUGGCUAUCAUCUUACAACCAAGCAAACUGCAAAAGAAGGAGUGAAAGUUAAUAAGGUUAUGGUUGCAGAAGCACUGGAUAUCGCUAGAGAAACCUAUUUUGCAAUUUUAAUGGACCGGGCAUGCAACGGACCUGUUCUAGUUGGCAGUCCCCAAGGAGGUGUGGACAUUGAGGAGGUAGCAGAGAAAACACCUGAACUUAUUUUCAAGGAGGAAAUAGAUAUCUUUGAAGGCAUUAAAGACAGCCAAGCUUUGCAAAUGGCAGAUAACUUAGGCUUCAAGGGACAUCUUCAACAACAGGCUGCAGAUCAAAUUAAGAAGUUGUAUGAACUGUUCCUGAAAGUUGAUGCUACUCAGGUUGAAGUCAACCCCUUUGGUGAAACUCCUGAAGGACAAGUCGUGUGCUUUGAUGCAAAAAUUAACUUUGACGACAAUGCCGAAUUUAGACAAAAAGAAAUAUUUGCCAUGGAUGAUACAUCAGAGACUGAUCCUAUUGAGAGUGAAGCUGCAAGUUAUGAUUUAAAGUACAUCGGAAUGGAUGGUAACAUCGCUUGUUUUGUUAACGGAGCUGGUCUGGCUAUGGCUACAUGUGACAUCAUUGACUUGUAUGGUGGAAAGCCUGCCAACUUUUUGGAUCUUGGAGGGGGUGUGAAGGAAUCUCAAGUUUAUCAGGCGUUUAAACUGCUCACUGCAGAUCCAAAGGUUGAAGCGAUCCUUGUUAAUAUUUUUGGUGGAAUUGUCAACUGUGCAAUUAUUGCGAAUGGUAUAACGAAGGCUUGCCGAGAACUUGAACUAAAGGUUCCAUUGGUAGUCCGACUUGAAGGAACCAAUGUCAAUGAAGCCAAGAGAAUUUUGAGUGAAAGUGGAUUGCCAAUAACCUUUGCCAAUGACCUUGAUGAUGCAGCAAAGAAGGCGGUAGCAAGCAUUGCCAAAAAAUAAAGGAUUUUUACGCUAUUUUACCUUAAGAAUGAAUCUAGUUUAAACAAAAUAAAACUCUGAAAUAAUGAAUGUAUAA